AUGGCCUUGGAGAAGGACGCGGUUACGGCUAUGGAAGCACAGAACCUCUUGCUGGGAUUUGACCAUUCUGGGAAACAUCACACUACAGCUGCAGAUGCUUCUACGAGCUUUAUCGUUGAUUCUGUGGCCUACAGGGUUGGUGAAGCGCAGGUGCAUGCUGUAGCUGAUAGGUUUGAAGAAAUGGUUUUGUUCGAUGAGUUGAUCGAUGCGAACGCAACUCUCUCUAGCCAGCAGGUUCUCCAAUCGCAACACUUGACAAACACGGACAUUUAA